CUGACGGCGCCGUCGCUUCUGUAUCUUUCUGCUCCAAGCUGUCCAUCAAAACUAUUCACAGUACAGGUUAUAGAAGAAAAAAAACAAUGAAUUUACAUCAAUGCUUAUGCUUCUCAAAUACUGUGCUUGACGGACAGCUAAUUUUGUGACACCAACUGGUCCGUCGCAGAACAAAUCCGACGUUUUUGGAGCGAAAAGGUUCCGGAGAUAUUUUCGCUUCUUUUCGGAAUUUAGGACGUCAAUUUGACUCUUUGGUAAAGUACAAAUCACACCGUAAACAUUUGAAUAAUUGAGUUUAUCCAAACUGGAGUUGAAUCUCGAUCUGCUGUCGUUUUCACAUCAGUCUUGUGGACAUUUGAAGGCUCAUCUAUAAGUGGCCCUUUUCUCUGGAAAGAGAUGAAUGGGGUUCAACAGGAGCAGAGGGCCAUGGAAAGAACAUGCACACUGCACAGCUUGGUGGCCUGGAUUACGGACUUCCUCACCAGCAGACCUCAGUAUGUCAGACUGCAGGGCGUAUCUGAUGUGCUGGUGAGCUACACUGGAGCCCCACAAGGAACUGUGCUGUCACCAUUCCUGAUCACCCUCUACACCUCUGAUAUCCACUUCAACUCCAUAUCAUGCCACCUACAGACGUUCUCCGACGACUCCUCCAUUGUCAGUUGCAUCACAGAUGACAACGAGGAGGAGUACAGGGCGCAUGUGGAGAACUUUGUAGGCUGGUGUGACAACAACCACCUCCAGCUAAACAUCAGCAAGACUGAGGAGCUGGUGGUGGACUUCAGGCGGGGCACGAAGAGGUCUCUAACCCCCAUCACCAUCAGGGGGGAGGAGGUGGAGGUGGUGAACACCUACAAGUUCCUGCGAUUGCACUUGAACAAUAAACUGGACUGGAGUGACAACACUGAUGCUCUCUUCAGGAAGGGACAGAGCAAGCUGUUCUUCCAGAGGAGGCUCAGGUCCUUCAACGUGUGCACAAGGCUGCUGCAGAUGUUCUACCGGUCUGUGGUGUGCUCUUCUUUGCCGUGGUGUUCUGGGGGUGAAACACCAACAAAAGGGAUGCUGACAGGCUGAACAAGCUCGUGAGGAAGGCUAGCUCUGUUGUUGGAGUUAAACUGGACAAUCUGUAUGAGGUGGCUGAGGAGAGGACGAGGAGGAUACUGGACAGUAUCCUGGAUAACCCCUCCCACCCCCUCCAUGCAGAGCUAGUGAAGAGGAGGAGUAUGUUCAGCCACAGACUCAUCCCACCUCGGCACAGCACUAAGCGCCUGGGAAACUCCUUUGUGCCUGUAGCCAUCAGGCUGCACAACAAGGGGUUAACCAUGUGACUCACUGACAAUAACUCGGACUGCACAUAAAGCCUGCACUCUUGCACUUUUGCACAAUAACUUUGACCUGCACUCUCUUUCUGAACACAUACAUGUGUAUAUUUUUAACAAUACUCUCGUUACUUAUCUGUCUAUAUAUUUUUUUAGUUUUUAGAAUUUUAGUGUUUCAUAUCCCUGUGUGAACCUGUACUGUUUUUCCAAUUCGCUGUUGCUGCUUAAACACUCAAAUUUCCCCACUGGGAUUAAUAAAGGUACAUCUAUCUUAUCUUAUCUUAUCUUAUCUUAUCCAAAAGAAUUACUGAAAUGCUACACUGCAGAAUCAUAUGGAAAGAAUGAAAAUAUGGUGACCAUCGAAUUAGAUUCAUAGAUCUUGGCCCCAGUACCUGAAUCAAAUUGAAAUUGAAUUUACGCAGUGUAUACAAUAGUUGUUUUUUUCCACACGUUUUGCGUUUCUCCUCUUGUAAAUCAUUUGAGAACCCAUCAAGGUUAUUUUUUCUACAUCUCAAGACCAACUAUUUUAGACUAAAUGCUUCUCUUUUAAUCAUUCUUCAGUAUAUUUAGAAUGGAUAAAAUGACUUAGUUUAAUGUGAAAGUGUAUGCUCGUAGUGACAAACAAUUAAAACCUGUUAUUCAACCAUCAGCAGUUCCCAAGCUGUACACCUGCCCAGCAGAACGGCUAACAACUUAGCGGCUAGCUGGUGAGCAGAGUGGAGCAUUUAGUAACUAAA